AUGUCAUCUUCAUCCUCACCCCCAUCCCCCGUGGAUGAGAAACAAUUCGAAGCCACGGGUGCAACCUCUUCUCACGGCGCCGCCUCCAAUGAUUCCGGCCGUCUCCACGCCCUGGAACAACUGGAGAUUCUCCCCCAAAUCCUCAACGAGGGCAUCCUCUUCGCAGGUUCGGGCGCCGCUCUCCUCCUACAAGCUGCGUGGCCCGCCAUCCGUGAAACCGAACACCCCCAAGGCGGGCACAAGGCUCUCGCCACGGAACUCAUCGAGGCCCUCCAAACCCACAUCAGUUACAUCUCGACCCUGGUCUUCGGCACCCAGGCCGAACGCAAGGCCCUCAUCGCCCUGCUACAGCGCGGCGAUGCACCGGGCCUCGACGGAGGCCGCAACAAUCGAUUUGCGCACCACCCCGAGCUCAAACUCUGGAUGGCAGCCACCCUCUACGCCACCGCCACCGACUUUUACCAGCGCGUUUACGGUCGCGUCGACUAUCAGACCGCGCAGCAUGGAUACGCCGAGUUCACCCUGUUGAUCAGCUACCUUGGGGUUCCCCCGGGCAUGUGGCCCGAGACUCGCCAGGCGUUCUGGUCCUACUGGGAUGAUCAGAUCUCCCGACUGACCGUGUCCACGGACGCGGCGGCAUUUGCACGGGAUCUGCACGAGAGCACCAAGAUGCCGGGCUGGGUGCAGAGGCUGAAACCUUUUCUCAAGGCCGUCAUGGUCGAAAUGCUUCCGCCCAAGUUGCGCGAUGCGUAUGGCUUGCGGUCCACGCGGUCCACGCGGUUCUUGUAUCGGUCGUGGAUGGGCUUUGCGACGGCGGUGUAUCCUGCCAUGCCGAAUAAGGUGCGAUCGUAUCCCUUGAGGUAUUAUCAGGAUCGGAUGAAGGAGCAGUUGAAUGUGGUUUGA